ACCAUGAGAGCGACGAGGACGAGAGCGCCGUGUCCGACGACGAGGAAGGCGAGUCCGGGGAGAAGCCCGACUCCGGGGAAGACGAGGCCGUGGCGGAAGAAGAAGAGAACGACGACGACGACUCGGAUUACCCCGAAGAGAUGGAGGAGGAGGAGGACGACGACGCCAGCUAUUGCACGGAGAGCAGCUUCAAGAGCCACAGCACCUACAGCAGCACCCCGGGUAGGAGGAGACAAAGAGUACAUCGUCCACGUUCUCCAAUACUGGAAGAAAAAGAUGUCCCUUAUCUUGACUUGCCUAAAUCCUCAGAGGACUUAAUGGUGCCUAAUGAGCAUAUAAUGAAUGUUAUUGCCAUCUAUGAGGUACUGCGGAACUUUGGCACUGUCUUGCGACUGUCCCCUUUUCGUUUUGAGGACUUCUGUGCUGCUCUGGUAUGCCAGGAGCAGUGUACACUUAUGGCAGAGAUGCAUAUAGUGCUUUUAAAAGCUGUUUUACGUGAAGAAGACACUUCAAAUACUACCUUUGGACCUGCUGACCUCAAAGAUAGCGUUAAUUCCACAUUGUAUUUCAUAGACGGGAUGACGUGGCCCGAGGUUCUGCGGGUUUAUUGUGAGAGUGACAAGGAAUAUCAUCAUGUUCUUCCUUUCCAAGAGGCAGAUGACUACCCCUGACCCGUUGAGAAUAAAAUUGAAGUCCUGCAUGUUUUAGUGGAUCAGUUUCUUACAACAAACAUUGCACGUGAGGAAUUAAUGUCGGAAGGUGUGAUACAAUAUGAUGACCAUUGUGAGAUUUUUCACAAACUGGGGGAUUUGCUUUGCUGUGAAACUUGCUCAGCUGUGUACCACUUGGAGUGUGUGAAACCACCUCUUGAAGAGGUACCUGAGGAUGAAUGGCAGUGUGAAGUUUGUGUAGCACAUAAGGUGCCUGGUGUAACGGACUGUAUUGCUGAAAUCCAAAAAAAUAAACCAUACAUUCGACAUGAACCUAUUGGAUACGACAGAAACAGGCGGAAAUACUGGUUCCUGAACAGGAGGCUUGUUAUAGAGGAAGAUUCAGAGUGUGAGAAAGAUAAGAAAAUCUGGUACUAUAGCACAAAAGUCCAGCUGGCAGAAUUAAUUGAAUGCCUUGACAAAGAUUACUGGGAAGCUGAUAUCUGCAAAACUCUGGAAGAAAUGCGUGAAGAAAUACAUCGGCAUAUGGAUAUAACAGAGGACCUUACCAAUAAAGCACGGGGUAGCAACAAAUCUUUUCUUGCUGCAGCAAAUGAAGAGAUUCUGGAAGCAAUCAGAGCCAGAAAGGGGGAAAUACCAGAAGAUAAAAGCUCAAUAGCUGAUGAAACGGAAAAGGAAAAGGCUAGUGUUGAGAAUAAAGACAGUACAGAUACUGAUAAUGGCAAAGAGGAACUUUCGAACCAACUGCUGGAUGUAAACAAAGAAACACCACCAGAUGAAAGUUCUGAAAAAGGAAGAAAGGAAGAGCAAACAGAUGCUAUAGAUAAAAGCAACUCUGUGACAUCAGCUGUUGGAGGCAACAGCAUAGAUCCUCCUGCUGGGGAGUGUAGUGCUUCUGAAGGAAAGAGUGCAGUCGGAAAUGAGUCAGAAAUCGUGGAUGAUAAUGAGGCAAACAAGAAGCUGGUGACAUCAGAGGCCCUCAAGAAUGUCUCAGAUGAAACAACUAAGAUGGUUCCCAGCCUGAACGUUGGUUCUUCCACUGAAGCACUUUUGUCUGAUCCAGAAAACAGCUGUAGCAAUGUACUAAAUUCCAUGCAGGACGAAUCAGUGAAGGCUUCUGAUGAAGUGGAAACUAUUGAAGGAGGAUCCCAGAGCUCAGAGGAGCUAGGGGAUAGAGCUAACAGUGAAAGAAGUGAAUCUCCAAACACUGGAAGAGGCACACCGGGUUCAACACGAAUGGUCACCAGGUUACGAAAUCCAGAUAGCAAACUCAGCCAGCUGAAAAGUCAGCAAGUUGCUGCUGCUGCACAUGAAGCAAAUAAGCUAUUUAAAGAAGGCAAAGAGGUCCUUGUGGUUAAUUCCCAAGGAGAAAUCUCCCGACUGAACACAAAGAAAGAAAUAGUGAUGAAAGGAAACAUCAGCAAUUAUUUCAAACUAGGCCAAGAAGGGAAGUACCGUGUGUACCACAAUCAAUAUGCCACCAAUUCUUUCGCUUUGAACAAGCACCAACACCGGGAAGAUCAUGACAAGAGGCGACACCUCUCUCACAAAUUUUGUCUGAGUCCUGCUGGAGAGUUCAAAUGGAAUGGCUCUGUCCAUGGGUCAAAGGUUCUCACGAUAUCCACCCUGAGAUUAACAAUAAUUCAGCUAGAGAACAACAUCCCAUCCUCAUUCCUUCACCCCAACUGGGCUUCACACAGGUCUAACUGGAUCAAGGCCGUGCAGAUGUGUAGUAAACCUAGAGAAUUUGCAUUGGCUUUAGCUAUAUUGGAAUGUGCAAUCAAGCCAGUUGUCAUGCUGCCAAUCUGGAGGGAGUCCUUGGGACACACCAGGUUGCGCAGAAUGACAGCUAUUGAAAGAGAAGAAAAGGAAAAAGUGAAAAAGAAGGAAAGAAAACAAGAGGAAGAAGAAACCAUGCAGCAAGCAACAUGGGUGAAAUACACAUUUCCUAUCAAACAUCAGGUUUGGAAACAAAAAGGAGAAGAAUAUAGAGUAACAGGGUAUGGUGGAUGGAUCUGGAUUAGUAAAACGCAUGUUCAUAGAUUUGUACCCAGAUUACCAGGAAAUACUAAUGUCAAUUACAGGAAAUUACUACCAGCAAAAAGUGAAACUGCUACCAUCCCAGAAAAACAGCGUGAACUGGAUAAAAGGAAAAAUCCAGCAAAAGUGAAGGUCGAGCAUGGUUCUUCGAAAGAAAAGAUAAAAUAUUUCCGUGAGCCACACAAGAAGGACCAAAAAGAAACUGAAAAUUCCGAGACCACAAAGAGAACUCAAACCAAGGAAGAAAAUGAACUGCAUGAAGAAAAAUCUGAAAUCAAACAUUUUGAAAAAUCAGAUCACGCAAAAGAAGAGAAGAAAGAAAUUGGUGACGGUGAUAAAGACAUCAAGGAAGAAUCUAUGGAGGUUGAUGAAGUGAAAGUGGAUACCUCCGCAAAAUAUGAGGAAGCCCCAAUCAAUGUGGAUUUAAUCAACGUCAGCGAGAGUUUCCACUUAAGGACAUUUUACAAAAGGAAAGUAAAAUCAUCAAAACUAGAUGGACUGCUUGAAAGGAGAGUAAAACAGUUUACACUGGAGGAAAAGCAGCGACUAGAAAGAAUAAAGCUCAAAUCUAGUUCUAACUCUUCGGGUUGUAAAUUGUUGAGGCAACAGGAGAGUGAGGAUGACCUACAGUUACCUAAAGCAGGGGAUGAGAAGCAAGUAGAUUUGACAUCCCAAAGCAGAAUUGAUACUUCAGAUACAAAUCAAACAGAAGAUCCUGUUAAAGACCGCUUGUCACCCAGCAAUCGCCACUUUACCAAAACCAGUGAAUCAGUCCAAUCUUUGCCUUGCUUGAAUAGGCUUUUAGAGGGAGAAGCAGAUGCAACUUCAGUUCAGUGUCCAGAUACUCAAAGUUUGAAAGCAAAGGAUACUAAUGAAAGUGUUUCUGAAUCCAUGGAUACAGAUAACCCUCAAGUGCAGAGUAUGCAGAGUAAGGAGAAAAGCACUGACCGUUUGAUAACAGAAGACUCUAAACCAAUAGAAAACAAAGAAACAACAACAUGUGGUAUCUUAGAGGACAAUGCAAAAUGUUUGGAGCAAGCAAAUACUGAGUCUCAGUGCGGAAAUGUUAUUCGGCCAAUGGUAACUGAAAGCAGCUGUGAAGGAGACACUUCAUCUUCAACUGAGAUAGGAAAUGAUGUGUUAACAUCUGAAAAACACGACUGUGGUUCUGCAGAAGCUCGUAGGUUAGAAAAUCAUCCCAGCAUGGUAUCUCUGCAAGCAAAAGAGAGUCUUGUGAAAAACAGUGCAGAGGCAUCUGAACCCAAAAUUGCAUUAAAUCCAAAGCAGACCCUCGGGGGCCUAAAAUCGCUGCAUACUGAGCUAAUUUCAGAAAAGGCAUUUGAAGCCCAAAUUCCUGAUGUGAUUGGAGAAAAUAUUAUUGAUGAGGUAGUGAAGACUAAAAUCACUGAAACAAAUGGUGAAAAGCAAGACCAGGAGAUGUGUGUCCCACCGAGUUCUAUAAACAAGUGUUUUGAUCAGAUUAAGAGUAUUGCUGACAAAAAUAACAAUAAAAACGGGGAAUUGAAUACACAAACAGAAAAGGGGAAGUCAGCAGCAUUUCAGAUUAAUGGAAAAGACACUGAUUUUAAAGUAUUACCUAAUGAAGAGUGCUUAAAGAGAGAGACACUUGCACAAACCGAGAGCGGCGUUGACUCAAAAAUAAACAAUAUUAGCAAAAGCAACCCUCUGGUCAAAUCAUUUUCUUCUAACGAAGCUCUGAAACCAUUUAUGAAUGGUGAUAUUGCAGUGGAAGAUGCAAAUGAUAAUUUGGUCAGUAAGUUAGGUGUACAGAGUUCUGUGGGUGGUGAUUCUAGAGAAAAUGAUUUGCUUCAAGAUAACAUGCCUCAGUCUAAUCAAAAUACUGGAAGAAAGCAGUGUUCUCCUGAGAGUUCUAGUCUUGUUGAUGAUGCAUCCAUCACAUCUGUCCAUUCCUCCAGUGAAAACAAUAUAUAUAAUGAAACCGAAUGCAUGGAGAUUGAACCACCUUGUGUUACGAAAACUGCUCCAUCACCUGUAAUUUCCUGUGAGGAAUCUAGCUUGAGUAAUGACUUUGCUGAUCAGAAUGGAUUACCAAUAAGCAACAAAAUCGAAAGUGUCAAUGGAGAAAGUGUAGUAAAAGCCGUUGUUACGGAAGUGACCACCACAUCAACUGUUUCUACAGAAUCCAAAACUACUUAUAAAGUAUCAGGAUUGUCAGCCAUCAAGGAAGAUAGAGAAAGUGGGGUAUCAUCCAUGGAAAACUGUUCUGUAUCCACUGUAACAACGACCACGACCACCACGACCACUGUAAGAAAGCUUACUGCUCCCACUACAGAUAGCAAUACUGAUGUCAUUUCUGUAAAGGAGCAUAGCAAAACUGUGGUAACAGCAACAGUUACUGAUUCCUUGACUACUGCAGCAGGAAUCUUGGUGACUUCUAUGACAGUCAGCAAGGAAUAUUCCACAAGGGACAAAGUGAAGCUCAUGAAAUUUUCAAGGCCGAAAAAAACUCGUUCUGGAACAGCCUUGCCAUCUUACCGGAAGUUUGUUACCAAAAGCAGUAAAAAGAGCAUAUUUGUUUUGCCCAAUGACGACUUGAAGAAGCUAGCAAGAAGAGGAGGAAUAAGAGAGGUUCCCUGUUUCAACUAUACUGCGAAGCCUGCUUUGGAUAUUUGGCCAUAUCCAUCCCCGAGACCAACGUUUGGUAUCACUUGGAGAUACCGACUGCAAACCGUAAAAUCUUUGGCAGGUGUUAGCCUUAUGUUGAGGUUACUCUGGGCAUGUCUGAAAUGGGAUGACAUGGCUGCUAAACCCCCACCUGGUGGAGGAACUACACGUACAGACACAUCGGAAACGGAAAUAACAACAACUGAAAUAAUCAAGCGAAGAGAUGUUGGACCAUAUGGAAUUCGAUCAGAAUACUGUGUACGGAAAAUUAUUUGUCCGAUUGGUGUUCCAGAGGCCCCCAAAGAAACUCCUACGCCUCAGAGGAAAGGGCUUCGAUCAAGUGCAUUGCGACCCAAAAGGCCAGAAACUCCAAAACAAACAGGCCCUGUUAUAAUUGAAACCUGGGUAGCAGAGGAGGAAUUAGAACUAUGGGAAAUAAAAGCAUUUUCUGAAAGAGUGGAGAAGGAAAAGGCACAAGCAGUUGAGCAACAGGCUAGGUUACGACUGGAGCAACAGAAGCAGUUGCCUGGGUGUGUUGGUGCCGCUACAGCUACGACUACGAGUGGUACGGCAACCACCGUCUCCACUCCUCAGAAAGUUAUGGUUGGCCCACUGCCGCGCUCUAUUCCUAGUGGAACCAAAGUGGUGCUUGCUACUAAAGUGGGAUCUCCAGCUACAGUAACAUUCCAGCAGAACAAGAACUUUCACCAGACCUUUGCUACCUGGGUUAAACAAGGCCAGUCUUCAUCAGCCACAAGCACAACUGCUACAUCAGCAACAACUAUUUCCAGCAGUGGUCAGACUUUCCAGAUUGCAAGCAGCCCAGUGACUAUGGCAGGCAAAGUGAUAACAAAGCUGCCUCUACCAGCAAAUAGCAAGAUAGUUGCUGACGUCCCAGCCACUCAAGGAGGUGUAGUUCAGGUGCAGCAGAAAGUGUUGGGAAUCAUUCCAUCAACUACUGGAUCAAACCAACAAACAUUUACUUCAUUCCAGCCGAGGACAGCAACUGUAACUAUUAGGCCAAAUAACACAGGGACUGUGUGUACAACGAGUGCAUCACAAGUAAUGGCUGGGACACCUCUCCGGCCUGGGAUGACAGUCAUAAGGACACCACUUCAGCAAUCGGCAUUAGGAAAGACCAUCAUUCGGACACCUGUCGUGGUACAGCAGGUAUUCUUUCCAACUAGCCAGACCCAGCAAGUAGUGACCCAGAUAAUCAGAGGUCAGCCUGUUUCCACAGCAGUGUCUAGUGCUACCACCGUUUCUGCAAAUCCAAAGGUAGUGACAACUCCAGGAGCCCCUUUGCAGCACAUGCAGCAGCAAGCUGCAUCACCACACCCACCUCGUCCUCAACAGGGUCAGGUGAAACUUACAAUGGCGCAGCUCACACAGCUCACACAAGGACAGGGUGGCAGUCAAGGUUUGACUGUGGUGAUUCAGGGGCAGGGUCAAACCACUGGGCAGUUGCAGUUGAUCCCGCAGGGUGUCACGGUAAUACCAGGACCAGGACAACAGCUAAUGCAAGCAGCUAUGCCAAAUGGUACAAUCCAGCGGUUUCUUUUCACCCCAGUACCAGCAGCAGCAGCAGCAGCUACCGCAGCUAGUACUACUACGACUACAGUGUCCACCUCAACACCAGCUGCAGGAGAACAAAAGCAAACUUCUCAAGCACAGACCCAAACACAGCCAGUGCCAGAGGUUCCUCCUCCUCCUCCUCCUCCUCCUCCUCCUCCUCCUCCUCCUCCUCCUCUUGAACCCCAGCCGCCUCAGAGUCAGCUCCAAGGCCAAUCUCAGGCGCAGCCCCAGAGUAUUCAGCCUCAGCCUCCAGCUCAGACGCAGCCUACUCAAUCUCCGCCUCAGGCUGAAGCCCAGGCAGCCGCCGAAGCUCAGCCCCCAGCUUCACUUCCGUGCCCAGUUAUCUCCGAAGCACAGCCUCCAGUAUCGCAACCAACUGUAACUCCAGCCGUUGCUCAGACUCCACCCCAGAGCCUUCCACAAGGGCAGCCUUUAGCUCAAGCUCAAAGCCAGGCCCAGACGGGGGCACACCCACAGACCCCGCCCAAAGUUCAAAUGAUUCAGCCAGCUCAGGUCCAGACUCCAGCGCCACAGCACGUCCCGAUGCAGCCGCAUCCUUCGAUCCAAAUUCAGACUUCGCAGCCCCAGGUUCCAACUUCGGUUCAAACUCUGCCACCCGCACCAAAUGUAAAUCAAGUUACCGUGCAAUCUCCACGUCCUCAGCUGCAAAUCCAGCCGCCGCAGACUAAGGUGAUCACAGUCCCGCAGCUUCAGCAGCAGGUCCAGGUGUUCUCUCAGCUCCAGUCCCAUGUUGUGGCUCAGAUACAGGCCCAGCAAGGUGGUCUGCCUCAGCAAAUUAAGCUUCAGUUGCCUAUUCAGAUUCAGCAAGCUGGCCCAGUGCAAGCUCAUCAGAUCCAGAAUGUGGUAACUGUUCAGGCGGCCAGCGUUCAAGAGCAACUGCAAAGGGUUCAGCAGCUCAGAGAGCAGCAGCAGAAGAAAAAACAGCAGCAUAUUGAAAUUAAACGUGAGCACUCCCUCCAGGCUUCUAAUCAGAGUGACAUUAUCCAGAAACAGGUGGUAAUGAAGCACAACGCUGUGAUUGAGCACCUAAAACAGAAAAAGACGUUGACCCCUGCUGAACGGGAAGAGAAUCAGCGAAUGAUAGUGUGCAACCAAGUAAUGAAGUAUAUUCUGGAUAAGAUAGAUAAAGAAGAAAAACAGGCAGCUAAGAAACGAAAGCGAGAAGAGAGUGUGGAACAAAAGCGCAGUAAACAGAAUGCAACUAAACUCUCAGCUCUGCUCUUCAAACAUAAGGAACAACUUAAAGCUGAAAUACUAAAGAAAAGGGCACUUCUGGACAAAGACUUACAAAUUGAAGUGCAGGAAGAGCUAAAGAAAGACCUGGCAAAAAUUAAGAGAGAGAAAGAAAAGGCACAGGCAGCUGCCGCCGCUGCUGCUGCUGCUGCUGCCGCUGCUGCAGCAGUGCCACCACCACCUCCUCCUCCACCACCACCACCACCUCCUCCUCCUCCUCCACCUCCACCACCACCUCCUCCUCUACCACCAGCACACAGUACCAAUGUUGCAUCAACAACCACGGUCACGACACCCGUUUCAUCUCAUAAGAGAAAACGAGAGGAAGAGAAAGAGUCCUCGUCUUCUAAAUCGAAGAAAAAGAAAAUGAUAUCUACUACCUCAAAGGAAUCCAAGAAGGACACCAAGCUUUACUGCAUCUGCAAGACGCCUUAUGAUGAAUCUAAGUUCUAUAUUGGCUGUGAUCUUUGUACUAACUGGUAUCAUGGAGAAUGUGUUGGCAUCACAGAAAAGGAGGCUAAGAAAAUGGAUGUGUACAUCUGUAAUGAGUGUAAACGGGCACAAGAGGGCAGCAGUGAGGAAUUAUACUGUAUCUGCAGAACACCUUAUGAUGAGUCACAAUUUUACAUUGGCUGUGACCGGUGUCAGAACUGGUAUCAUGGGCGUUGCGUUGGUAUUUUGCAAAGUGAGGCAGACCUCAUUGAUGAGUAUGUCUGUCCGCAGUGUCAGUCAACUGAAGAUGCCAUGACAGUACUCAGUCCCUUGACUGAUAAAGAUUAUGAGGGUCUGAAGAGAGUGCUACGUUCAUUACAGGCUCACAAGAUGGCAUGGCCAUUCCUAGAACCGGUAGAUCCCAAUGAUGCUCCAGAUUAUUACGGUGUUAUCAAAGAACCGAUGGACCUUUCCACCAUGGAGGAAAGAAUACUGAAACGUUACUACAAGAAGGUGACCGAGUUUGUGGCUGACAUGACCAAAAUUUUUGAUAACUGUCGUUACUACAAUCCAAGUGACUCCCCUUUUUAUCAGUGUGCAGAGGUUCUCGAAUCAUUCUUUGUACAGAAACUAAAAGGAUUCAAAGCAAGCAGGUCUCAUAACAACAAACUGCAGUCUACAACUUCUUAAAGUUCCACGUGUUACCCUAACACAAAGAGCAAGAAUCUGGUUUUCUGAAUUUUAUUUUUAUUUUUAUUUUUUAAUUGGAAAAGCCAGAGGUUUUUAAGUCAGGGCAUCCUGACAAGUCUUGAUGUAAACUGCAUUUUUAUCAGUCGCAUCAGAUUAUAUUCUUGGCUUGAUUUUGUCCAAAGGACAAAAGAAUGAAAUUCAGCAGCAUCGUUUUCUUGUCAAGAUCAAAUUGUGACAGAAACAGGAAAACGUUUUAUUAAAGGACGAGAGAGGAAAACAAGCGAGAGAAAACAAGAUACAGUAAAAUGGGGCCAAGUCCUAACCCCAUAGAAAUGCCACAUCUGUUCUUCAGUGAAGAAGCUGGUUUAAAGUCCACACAGAGAAGUUUUGACUGUAUUUAUUUAUUGUUGCAAAAGGACGCUUUUUUAUUGCUGCCCUCAUUUGUCAGCUUUUUCUUUCUUUCUUAUAAGCCCCAGCUCUGGUUAUAUGUAACCCAUUCUGUAUCUUACCAUGGUUCCUGUAGGUAAAAGUACAAGAUGACCUCUAAAUGUCUUUUCUUUCUAUGAAAGGAGCUGCUAUGUACACAUGUGCACAAACAAACUGGGAAUCAACAAUGAGUUUAUCGUUCAUGGUAGAAGAAAACAAUUAAGCUUGCAUAAAAGUUGGGCUAAGUGGUCAUGUACUACAGACUUUGUUGCCUUGAAUAUAACAGUACAAUUUGUCAUUUACUCUGCACCGGACUGAUAAGAGUAAAAUCUAUUCGAAGGUAUCUUGUUUGUAAACAUUUGUCAGAUUCUAAUUUUUUUCCCCUUCUCCUUUUUGUAUUAAAAAUUCAAAAUAUGGAUGUAUAUGAAACAAAAUAAAUGGAGAUCAUUGUUCUCUCCACAGAUGUAGGUGUCUUUUGAAUGUUCGCUAACCUGUUUGUGAGGUUUCGGAGGUUUGUUCUGAACUGUAACAAUCCUAAGAUAGUGUGGAAGGGAAAAGUAGGAAGAUGGACUAACCCCUCAGUGUGGUUUUCCUUAUGUUUAAUCAAAUGUAAUAAAAUUCUACUGUGGUGCCACAACUUUUGCCUUGAUGAUGAAGGAGUUGUGUAAGAGUUGUCAUUGUCCAUUGCUAAGUGAGAUAUCAUGGAGCAAAUGAUCAUGUCGGUCUCAAAACUGUGUUUCAUUUUUGUGGCUUCUUUACUAGGAAAGGUGUAUAAAAUGAUAAAAGCCAACAGAAAGAGAGGCUUUGCAGAUUUUAAAAAAAUUGCUUUCCCAACCAAUCACGCCUGCUGUUGAUGACAGUUUAAAUAUGUAUAUUAUAAACCAGCAGCAGUUGGUUUUGGUAGCUCUACACCUGUGUUAACUAGAUUUUGCACUAAUUCACAAUUUUGCCCUUCUGUGAUCUGGAAUUUAUCUGAUUAUGGAUAAGCUUUCCUUGGGUUUAACUUCACCCUGCUAUGCAAGAACCUUUUCUGUUACUUUCUUAGACAUUGCGAUCAACCACAAUUUUCUUACUAAGUACAGGCUCAGGUGUACAAAUACUUUGGGGUUAAUUUUCUCUACGAAAGCCUUUGCUUUUGUAUAUAGAUGCUGUCAUUUUAACCAAUGUGAAAUCAAAAGGAAGUUAAUUGUUCAUUGUGAAAAGAGCAUCCAUUUAUGAUUCUUAGAAGAUAGGAAAAAAAGAGUAUUUGUGUUUUAGGCUAUGUUGUCUUAGGACUUUUUACAAAAAAUAUGCUACAUAUUGUAUGCAUUAUGUUUAUAAAAACAGGAUAAUUUUCAUCCUUAAUCCUACAGAUAUUGUCUCUUCACAAUAUUUCUGUAUUAUUCGUACAUAUGGCUGACACUGAAAAAAACAACCAUGUUGAGAAAUGAACUUUCUUACCCGUAGGCAAUAGAGCACUGUUUUUAACAAAUUGUGACAAACUGAAGAAUAACUUUUUUGUACAUAAUAGGGCAUUUCAUCUUAGACAAAUAAAGGAAUGUUGUUGGACAUCAGAUUUGGUGGAAUUCCUAAUGAAACAUCAGUUGUUUAAAAUAACAUAUGUAGCACUUGGCAUUGCCAUACCGUGCGGUAAUUCUUGGGGGAAUUUUUCAUAUAAAUAAUUAUGAAAUGAGGAAAAUGCUACUUUCAUACACUUUUUACCAAGCCUCAUCAUUUUUCCUACUGCUUUGUAAUAUAUGAAGACAAUUCUUAGCUGUAACUACUAUGGUAAUUUUUAGUUUUUUGGUUUUUUUUGAAAAAGUUUUAUUUAUGAGCCAGUGUAAUGUGUGUACAUUUUAAAUACCACUUCUGUAAAAGGAAUAAAGAAAAUUAUACUUUA